UCCAGAUAGGCCUUACGUCACCAAUCUAUGUUGCAGGCCGACGUCAGGUGGCGGUGACAGGGAGAGGCAGCGGCUCCGGGGGCACAUAGUGAUCCUGAGGAUGGAGGAGUAUCCGGCCGGGGAGGAGAUUUCCUUCAAUGCAGAUGAAACCAGCAAUAUUGUCAAAGAGUGCGUUGACAAUAUUAUUGGAGGGGUUGAUUAUAAUCACAGCAAGAUCAAUCAGUGGACUGCAGCUGUAGUUGAACAAUCCCUGAUGCAUUUGGUUAAAAUGGGAAAACCGUUUAAAUACAUUGUGACUUGUGCGAUAAUGCAGAAAAGUGGAGCUGGUCUCCACACAGCAAGUUCAUGUUACUGGGAUAGCAACACUGAUGGAAGCUGUACCGUGAGAUGGGAAAACAGGACCAUGUAUUGUGUCAUCAGUGUUUUUGCCGUCAGCAUUAUGCUGUGAUGUGCAAGAUGUGCUUGUGUGCAUUGCUAUCUCUAAACACCAACUCUUAAAAUAUGUACAUAAGAGAGACCAUUUAUUUGUGAGUUAGGGUUAGCAUACAUUGUUUGUGGAUGAGGCAUAAUAGUGUACAUUUGAUCAAGAGUUACAAAGCAAAAAUCCAUUCCAUAAAAGGCUACAUCUUGUUUAUUCCUGACCAAUUUAAACAUCCACUGAACUAUUUCACCACUCUAUACCCAAGCUGUGGACUAAGUAUCCACUACAGAUAUUUUAUCAGCAGAAAUAACAGCUAAUUUUCACCAGUCUUUGCCAUUUUGAAGAUUGGAUUUAAUUGUUACAUUAUUGUGUUGUAGUAGACAACUGAUGUAGGUUAGUUCGAAUAACUUGUCGUACAUGCUGUUUAGUCAGCGAACUGUCAACUCUUUGCUGCAGUGUACAUUUGACUGAAUCAAACAAGCCGUUUCCUAAAUCAUAAAAAAACUACAGUGAAAUUAGUAAUGCAAAAUUCACAUUUCCUUAUUUUAUUCAAUUUUUAAUUUUCAAAUCAUGUAUUUUUGAUUUGAAAGAAAUUCCAGAAAAAAGAACUUAAUUGGAUAAAAUAAUCCAUUUCUUUUUUGAAGUUUGAGAGAUUAUCUUGUGCAUAAUGUAAAUUUAAAAAUUAAUGAUUAAUAUAUGUUUGCUUAACAAUGUUUGCAGUAUAGUAGAUCAAAGUUCUGAAUAUUGAGUAUGUUGACAAUAUGAAACAUGGUAGCUAGAAUUGAUUAGCUAUUUAAAGAUGUGCUUUUGGAGUUAAAUGCAGAGUCUGAAUCCUAUUUAAACGUCAAUUGAAUUAUCCCCAGAAAUGAAUUGGACCCUUAUAACUGCUUCAUGAUGUGAUAGUUGCAUCUUUGAUGUUGUAACUUCUUUCUUAAUUAGUAACUGACUAACUUGGAUUUUGAGACCUGCGCACCCUCCACUGAAGGCAGGAUAUUGCAUUUUUAAAAAACAUUUUCAGUUUACACACUUUUUGCAGUUCCGUAAUGAAUUGAAAAUGCUUCGCACUACAUAUACGUCACAAAUUAUCAAGUAAAGUUGUCAUUUUCACUUAAGCAAUGUGAAAUACAAUAUAGACAUCAAAACAUUGCUUUUAUGUUCAGUAAUUUCCUGCAUUAAAAUUGUAAAUGAAAUUAUCCUCUGAUGUAAAAGUAUGAAGUCUUUUUAAAGGAAGCUAUUGCAUUUGAGCUAUAGUUCUCUUUUAAAACUGGGUGCAGAAAUUCUUUUGCCAUUUGAAAAAGACUGAUGGGGUUUUUCCUUUAUUCAGUAUUGAUAGUGGCAUUGAAUAAAUGUAUGUUUACUGUAAACAGGAACAUAACUACAACCAAGUCAAUCAGAUUAAAUCUGGGUGGUGGGAGAAGUAAUAUUUUAUAUUCCAAAUGAAAAUAUUUUGCUGUGACUAAUUUUGUAAACAUUUGAAUUGUGUGAAAGAUGAUGUGUACAUAGGAAGAUAUUUCAGUGGUGAAAAAACUAAUCCAAAAGUUAUUGUAUUUUGAUUUACUUGUUGAUACAUGUAAACAAUUUUAAGCGAAGAAUUGUGUGUGGAAAACAAAAUGUGGCUAAUGAUUGGAUCUUGAAUUUGUUUAUUUUAAUUAAACUGAUCAAAUGCUGAUAACUACAAAAACAUAAAUAGUAGUUUUCAUGGUCGAAUAGAAAGGCAAAACUUGCAUUUAACUAUCACCUUUCAUGGUUUCUGGAAUUGCCAAAUCCUUAUCCUGUUAAUGAAGUACUUUCUGAAGUGUUACACUGUUGUAAUGUAGGAAAUGCAACAGCAACUUGCUCACAACAGGGUCCCAGAAACAACACUUUAAUAGUGACCAGCUAAUGUCUUUUUGGUAAUGUUGAUUGAGAAUAAAUAUUGCACAUAACACCAGAAAUAGUAGCAUGGGAUCUUUUACUACCACUUUAAAGGGAAGAUGGUGCUUGCUUUAAUUUCUCAUUCAAAAGACUGCACCUCAAACAUUGCAGCAGAACCUCAAUGUGGAAAUGUCUACUCAGAAUUUUAUGGGCAGUCUUUGAAAUGAUCCUCGAACUCUCAAGCAACUGACUCAACUGAGUUGUACCAAUUGUGUCAUAGUUGACUGGGUUUGAUGUCGUUUGGUUAUUUUUAUUUAGAACUCAACCACUGUUGCAGGCUAAAGCCUAAAACUUACUUUAAACAUUUGUGUCCACUAUUAGCAAGGCAGACAUACGAAUUCUGAAAGAACAAUAAUUUUGAUUCUUACAGGAUAAGUGAAGUGAUCUGUUGAGGAAAUAAUAAAAUUAUACUUGUUUACUUUUGCAGUUUUUAAUGUCCUUGAUUCCAUUAGUCUUUCUUAGCCGACCUGUGCUUUUACUUAGGUAUUUUUUUCUCCCACCAGAAACCUUUAGAACCUUUUACUCUCAAUUACUGGUAGAAACUUGUGGUAGUGCCUGGAACUCAGGCAAUACUAAAAUGAGUAUCAAGGCCUAUAGUACACGUGAAGCACUAAAAUGUAAAGUCUGUUUCAAUUUCAGGUAUAUUAAGUUGUUGAUAAGAUCUGGAAAAUUACUUCUCAAUGCAGAUCAGUAAAGAAUAAUAUUUCCUUGAUUAUCCAGAUCAUUUUAAUAACUGGUUAUCUCCAAUCACUGACAUCAGUUGACUAUUUUCC